UCCCCCUCUGGCCCUCGCCCUGUUUCUCCCUUUCCCUCUGUCUCUCUGGCACUCUCUUGCUGUAUGGGUUAGGGGGAGGCACAGUGAGUCUGAAAUGCCCCCCAGCGUGGGGUCGGUUUUCUGGGAUCAGAGGCCCCCCACCCCACCAUGGGGACUCGGAUGGACUCUGCCCUUUUAACCGUGCAGGGCGCCAAGUGCUAGAGCCAAAUUUCAGAGUCAGGAGGACAUUUCAGGUGGUGGGUGGGCAGCCCAGCUAAAAGCGUGGAGGUGGAAAUGAGUGUGGCUUCCGACUGGUCCAGGUUGUUGGGAGAGCCAAGGCAAGGCCCACCCAGACUGGCCAUAUGGGAGUUUCCCAGUGGCCUGAAUGAAGCCUUAGCCUCAAUUUUUUCAGCUGUGAACUAGGACUGUCACCUGCUAAGGUAAUUGGCAGGUAGCUGUCCCAUAUCUGCAAGCAUCACCACCUCCUCUAUCCUGGGGGCUCUUCUGGAGGAGGUACAGCGCCAGGGGUAAACAGGCCUCCUGAGUAUGUCUGAGCCCAGCUGAGGAAGGUGAAGGCCCUGAGAGACUGCAGCUGAGUGAGGGCAGUUCAGCAAGUGGUUGGGAGUUCAGAUCUUGGAAUUAGAAAAACCUGGGUUCCCACUCGGCUACUCACCAUGGUGCCUUGAACAGGUAAUUCGAUUCUCCCAGGCUCAGUUUCCUGUCUGUAUAAUGGGGUGGGACAUAACUCCCUGGGGAUAAGGGCUGCUUCCAGGGUUAAGUGCAGGUAUGAUCACCCUGCUUGUCUCCUCCUAUCCCUCACCAACUCUUACUCUCCCCUUCAUUCACUGCUCUAGCUGCAGCAGCCUCCACAUUCACACAUCUGUCAUGGUCUUGCCUCAGGGCCUUUGCACAGGCUGUUACCUCCAUUGCCAUGCUAGGCCUGUCAGCGGCGCCAACUUUAAAACAUAACAACUUGCCUAGAUGGGCUGGGCCAAGGAACUGCCAGACAAGGGCUGGGUGGCUGGGAGGGGCGGAGGAGGGGCCAGCCCAGGGACGCUGUACCUAUGGAAACUGGAACAAAGAGCUGUCGCCUCAGCUACACAAACACCUGGGCUGUGCUUCUCUCACUUGUGGGACACACAGUAGUGGGGCUGAUGGACACCUUCAGCACCAAGAGCCUGGCCCUGCAGGCCCAGAAGAAGCUCCUGAGCAAGGUGGCAUCCAAGGCGACGGUGGCUGUUUUUGUCGAUGACACGAGCAGUGAGGUGCUGGACGAGCUGUACCGCGCCACCAAGGAGUUCACUCGCAGCCGCAAGGAAGCUCAGAAAGUGGUCAAGAACCUGGUCAAGGUGGCCGUGAAGCUGGCCAUCCUGCUCCGUGGUGGCCAGCUGGGUGGGGAGGAGCUGGCGCUCCUGCAGCGCUUCCGCCAGAGGGCGCGCCGCCUGGCCAUGACGGCAGUCAGCUUCUACCAGGUGGACUUCACCUUUGACCGGCGCGUGCUGGUCGCCGCCCUGAUCGAGUGUCGGGACCUGCUGCACCAAGCCGUGGGCCCGCACUUGACCGCCAAGUCCCAUGGCCGCAUCAACCACGUGUUUGGCCACUUUGCCGAUUGUGACUUCCUGGCCGCGCUCUACAGCCCCGCGGAGCCUUACCGCUCCCACCUGCGCCGGAUCUGCGAGGGGCUCACCAGGAUGCUGGACGAGGACAGCAUAUGAGCCCUCUGUGUUUUUCCUGCUGGGGGUUGGGGAUUUGUGGGGUUUGGGUUUUUUAAUGACCUCUUUUUUCCCAGUCUGAUCUGGGCCAACUCUACGGACAGAUGACCCUUUCAGAGGAUGCCAGACCGUUUAAAGCAGCAGUUUUAAAGACCCAUAUCGCCUGUCCUGCCCAGUCUCACUAGGAGAGGACUUCAGCGUGGAGACCAGCAUAGCCUGCCAGGCCAGCAGCCUCCCCACACACUUCGAGGCUGCUCCCUGCUCAGUCCACCUGUCCUGAAUCUCAAUAGCUGUGGGGGACCAGUCUGCACCCCUCAACCUGAUGUCAUCUGAAAACUGGCACUGCCCACUAGUGAUGCAACCUGGGCUUUUUCAUUCCUUCAGUUAGGGGUCAUGCUGGACUGGAAGGGAAUGUUAGUGGGUGAGCUGUGUCCCCCCGCACCAGAUUCCUUUGUUGAAGUCAACCCCUAGGACAUCCAAGUGUGACCCAAAUUUGGAAACAGGGUUGUUGCUGAUGUAAUUAAGAUGAGAUCACAGUGGAGCAUGGUGGGCCCCUAAUCCAGUAUGAUUGGGGUCCUUAUGAAAGGGGGAAAUUUGAACACAGAGGAAAAGGCCAUGUGAAGAUGGAGGAAGAAACUGGAAGGGUGUGUCUAUAAGCAGAGGGAUGCCAAGGAUUGCCAGCAGCCCCCAGAAACUGGGGGAGUGGCUUAGAGAGGCUGAGAGAACAGCCCUCACAGGGAACCAGCCUGGCCGACAUUUUAAUCUCAGACUUCUGGCCUCCAUAACAGAGCAAACAAGUCUCUUGCUUCAGCCGCCCACCCAGUCUGGACACUUUGUUCCAGCCGCCCUGGCAAAAGAGCUCAGGGGCCACAGAGAGGGCUGAGAUGGGUGCUGGCGUGGGGGGAGGACACCUUGAUUUGGUUGGAAUUGCAGCCCUCAUGCCCGCAUGGGAUGGGAGGAAGUACACCCCCCAAGCAGGAGGAGAGGGUAAAGCCAUCUGAGAUGCAGGCACAUUUUAAAAUGACCAUUUCAUGUUUGGAAAACAUGUCAACAAACGUUUUUGUGAAGCAAAGCUCAACAAAUCUUGGCUUUGGGGACACCCAGAAGAUACAGUGAUUCUCACCUCAGGACGUGGAUAGACACGUGGGGUGGGGGAGUGUAUUUGUGCUUUUUGUCAGAAGGGGGCAUGGGUUGCAAAAACACAGCUGCAGGUCUGACCAUGUCAGGGUCAAAAAGGUUAUUCUGGGCACCCUUGUAGGCGGGGGAACAGUGUCCUGUGACUGUUUUUGCAAAACUAGGUCAGGUCUGUUCUGGGCAAAGGUUGCAAACGGGGCCUGCAGGCCUUAUUAGGUGAGAAGAUGGGUUUGCAUGGCCCCAUCCAGUGUUUGAGACAGCUGGAAUCAGUAACCAACAUUUAAAAUUGGGGAAAUUGUGCAUACCAAUCUGAAUUUGGAGUUUCUCUCAAAAACUCGCCUAAGCCUGCACUGUCCACUGGUUAAGGUUGCCCCUCUUUGCUUUGCCACAGUCCCCACCACUCCUUUAUGCCUCUCCCUGGCCUGUUGGACUGGUUGAUAAGAUUAUGACCCCAGAUUCAGGUCAGCCUUUCUGUGGUUUCGUUUCUGCUUCCCGGAAGAAGCCAAAACCUUUCAACUGAGAGCCCUACCUCCUACUCCAUCCUUCUAUGGGCAACUUCCCCUCUUAUCUCUUCCAGCCAAGAGACAGAUCUUCAAAUUCAAGAGCAAACAUGCAUUUUGAGUGCCCAGAGAAGCCCCAGAUGAAAUCCUUUGUCCUAGGCUCUGCUGAUUGAAUUUAUCAAUGUGCAUAAUGCUUUGUACUUGUUUUCUGCUGGGCUGUCUAGCCUCUCUUGACUCCUCAUGAACUUGAGAUUUAAUUUUGAAAAACCAAAGAGCACUGCAGAACGAUUUAAAUAAAAGCACACGUCUUCCAUUGGCAUGAUGUGGAACUGGCAAUUUAA